AUGUCCGUGGACAUGAACAGCCAGGGCUCUGACAGCAAUGAAGAGGAUUAUGACCCGAAUUGCGAGGAGGAGGAAGAGGAUGAGGAUCCCGGGGAUAUUGAGGAUUAUUAUGAUGGGGUGGCUAACGACGUGGAGCAGCAGGGAGCAGAUGCCUUUGAUCCAGAGGAAUAUCAGUUCACCUGCCUGACUUACAAGGAGUCGGAGAGCACUCUGAACGAACACAUGGCCAGUUUGGCUGCCACGUUAAAGGUAUCACAUGCUGUUGCAAAGCUAGUAUUAGUUAGUUUCCACUGGCAAAUCUCAGAGAUUUUGGAAAGACACAAGUCUAAUGCUGCCCAAUUGCUAGUAGAAGCACGAGUUCAGCCCACCUCAUCCAAACAUGCAAUGGUACAUUCCUCCCAUCACUGCGCAGUGUGCAUGCAGUUUGUCCGGAAGGAGAACUUGCUCUCUCUGGCUUGUCAGCACCAGUUCUGUCGCAGCUGCUGGGAGCAGCACUGUACGGUGCUCGUCAAGGAUGGUGUUGGAGUCGGGGUCUCCUGCAUGGCUCAGGACUGCCUGCUUCGGACACCAGAAGACUUUGUGUUUCCAUUGCUGCCUAGUGAAGAGCUGAAAGACAAAUACAGGCGCUACCUCUUCAGGGACUAUGUGGAGAGCCAUUACCAGCUGCAGCUGUGUCCUGGUGCAGAUUGCCCUAUGGUCAUACAGGUACAAGAGCCAAAAGCCCGGCGAGUGCAGUGCAAUCGUUGCAAUGAGGUCUUCUGCUUUAAGUGUCGGCAGAUGUACCACGCACCCACAGACUGCGCUACCAUUCGGAAAUGGCUCACCAAGUGUGCAGAUGACUCCGAAACAGCCAACUACAUCAGUGCUCACACUAAAGAUUGUCCCAAGUGCAAUAUCUGUAUUGAGAAGAACGGAGGCUGCAAUCACAUGCAAUGCUCCAAAUGCAAGCAUGACUUCUGCUGGAUGUGUCUGGGAGACUGGAAGACUCACGGCAGCGAGUACUACGAAUGCAGUCGGUACAAAGAGAAUCCUGAUAUUGUAAACCAGAGUCAGCAAGCACAGGCCAGGGAGGCCCUUAAGAAGUACUUGUUCUAUUUUGAGAGGUGGGAGAAUCACAAUAAAAGCCUCCAGCUGGAGGCACAGACAUACCAACGAAUCCAGGAGAAAAUCCAAGAGAGAGUUAUGAACAACUUGGGAACGUGGAUAGACUGGCAAUACCUGCAAAAUGCUGCAAAACUACUUGCAAAGUGUCGUUACACCCUGCAGUACACAUAUCCAUAUGCCUACUACAUGGAGUCUGGUCCCAGAAAGAAACUGUUUGAGUACCAGCAGGCGCAGCUGGAAGCCGAAAUUGAAAAUCUCUCGUGGAAGGUGGAGCGAGCAGACAGCUAUGACAGAGGGGACUUAGAGAAUCAGAUGCACAUAGCAGAGCAGAGACGGAGGACCCUGCUGAAAGACUUCCAUGACACAUAAGACAGGAGGGAGUGACACAGUGCAGGGGUGAGAGCAGCGAGUGAAGUGAUGGCAGCUUCACCGGGAUAAGCAGGCACUGCCUCUGGGAGAACACGGCCAAGGACAAAGCCACCCCUCCCCUUGCAAGUCAGACACAUGCAAACACCACAUCUUAGUCCAGUUUGUUCUCUUAUCUUUCUGUUUCUGUUUCUGCCAGGCUAGAGGCCAGAGUUCAGAUUGGCGUAUUUCCUGGGACAUUUCCCUCCGGCCCUUGAUGGUUUCAGAAGGGGAAGGAGUUUUUUUUCUGAAUGGCUGUUAAUAGUAUUAGAUCAUUACAAUUUAUGUAAUUUUCAACGGUUGUACAAUUAUACAGACAAACCUUAGAAUAACACACAACCCUUUUUAAAAAUAAAUUGGCAGUGGAGUGUUUUUCCUUAAUCUGCUUGUAAAUUGAAUGGGCUUUCCCCCUCCUCUCCCUUCCUCUGACCCAAAAACCUUCCUAGGCACUGAAGGAGGUUGCAAAAUAUCUCAGCUACAUUUCCCAAUGCUCCUUUAACCAGGGCAUUGUAGCAUUGGCAUUGCACAAGG